GGAAUUCUUGGUCUCCUCCUACUACUCCACCUCGGACCGGGAGCUUAUCAUUAGCAAGUCGUUAGAUAUAACUGCUACCUUUUCUACCAUAUAAGAUACACUAGACACUGCGCUGUAUGAUACGGGGUUAGUGUUACGCCUAGUGCUAUACAUAUUCAACAUUUCAAAACGAGAAAUCAGCAAAUACUUCGUACAUACCAAGGAAACAAUGGCUCCUUCAGCAAUCGCGGAGACAAUCCCGAGCAUUCUAAGCCUCAAAGGCCAAGAGAAGCUGGCAGACGCCGUAGAGGUUAAGGAAAAGACUCCCCUAGAAGCCAUCUCGCAUGGCAUUGUGAUGGAGGGAAUUCCUACAUUCCCUACCUAUACGGAGCAUAGGCGACACAUCCUUAUACACAUGUCCGCCAUCUUCCGCUUCUUCGCUCGCUCCGGCUUCACCGAGGGGCAGUCCGGGCAUAUUUCAGUCCGGGACCCGGAAUUCCCCGGCGUCAUGUGGAUGAAUCCACUCGGCCGUCAUUUCGGCAUGCUCACGGCGGGCGAUAUGAUCUGCCUGGAGAUCGCCACGGGUAAGAUCGUGGGCGGGAACACAUCCCAGCCAGCCAACGCCGCAGGUUAUUUGAUCCACUCCGCCGUACACAAGCGUCGACCCCAUGACAUACACGCCAUAUGCCACGCCCACUCUAACGCUGGUCGAGCAUGGAGUGCAUUUGCGCGUCCCCUUGAGAUGCUAAACCAAGAUGUAUGCAACUUCCACAACGCACACGCAGUCUACGCGCGAUACGGGGGCAUAGUCUUCGCAGCCGAAGAAGGCGAGUCCAUCGCCUCCGCCCUAGGUCCCCAUAACAAAGGCGUGAUCCUCAUGAACCACGGUCUACUAACCGUAGGUUCCACCGUCGACGAAGCGGGUUUCAUGUUCGGGCUCCUAGACCGAGCUUGCGCCAUGCAACUCCAAGUCGAAGCCGCAGCCGCGAACGGUAUCCCGAAGCAGAUUAUCAGCGACGAGGAAGCCGCGUAUAACUUCAAGAUGGCUAGUGAGAAACACGCGCUGUACCGCGAGGCACAGCCCGAUGUCGAGUUUGAGAUGGAGAUGGCUGGUGGGGAGCAUGUGCUUGCUAGGGGGUUUGAGAGUCUAAGGGUUGUAGCGGCGUAGAUAGAUCGAUGGCUAGACUAGGUCGGGGGUCGUAUGUAGCAAGCAAGCAAGCAUGGUUCGUGGGCAUGGUGGCGCCAUAGUAAUGCCGUGUUGUGCCGUUAUGCCGAGCCAAAGUUACAAGUUACUGCAGAAAAUAAAGAAACUAUCGAUCCUUCGAUCUG